AAUUUACAACAACACAGUCACAUACAUGGUUAACAGCAUUAACGGUCACCACCAACACCAAAAGGAGCACCGAGCUGAAGAAACUACCAAAAGAAAAUGAAGAAUCUUUGUCUGAACUUCGAUUGCAACAAACUUUCAAUUCCACCAAAGCCUAAUUCGGUGUUUUUGGUUCCUCCGCCUCCUUGUAGGUUGUGGUUUCCGACAUGGAAUAGGAACAAAGUCAACAAUCAGAAGACGAGGAAGUUAUCAGUUUCGGUGUCGUUGAAGGAGCAAUGGCUUGAAUCUGCGGCAAAACACGCUUUUGGAUUCGGCGUUUCGGCAACUUUUUUUUUCUCUAUAUUCUGUGAUUCGCCUUCGGCUCUUGCUGAAUCUCUCACCGUUGCUUUUCCCGUUUCACGUGCACCUGAGGUAAAUGCAGUUCAGAGAACCCUUGUGGAAGCAUGGGGUUUAAUUCGCGAAACGUUUGUUGAUCCUACAUAUAAUCACCAAGAUUGGGAUUUGAAGUUGCAGCAAACCAUGGUGGAAAUGUUUCCCUUGAACUCAGCUGAUGCAGCAUACACAAAAAUCAGAGGAAUGCUUUCUACCCUUGGCGAUCCAUUCACUCGGAUUAUCAGUCCAAAGGAAUACCAAGGAUUUAGAAUUGGAAGUGAUGGGAACUUACAAGGAGUAGGCCUCUUCAUAAAUAUUGAACCAAGAACUGGACAUUUGGUUGUUUUAUCCUGCAUUGAAGGCAGUCCAGCCGCUCGUGCUGGUAUUCAUCAAGGGGAUGAGCUGGUUGAGAUAAAUGGGGAGAGGCUUGAUGGCCUUGAUAGUGAAGCUGCAGCACAGAGGCUUCGAGGGAAUGCUGGAACCACCGUUACAGUAAAGGUGAAAGACUCGGUGAAAAAAUCUUCCAUCCGAGAGGUUAAACUUCCGCGCGAGAACAUUAAGCUCUCUCCAAUAUCAAGUGCCAUCAUCCCUCAUAGAUUACCAACUGGCCAAUUCACAAAAACUGGCUACGUAAAAUUGUCCGCAUUCUCUCAGACUGCUGCUGAAGACAUGAAGAAUGCCAUUCAAGAAUUGGAAAAUCAAGGAGUACACUCAUACAUACUAGAUUUACGAAACAAUCCGGGUGGCUUGGUAAAAGCUGGCCUUGAUGUUGCCCAGAUGUGGUUGGAUGGGGACGAGACUCUAGUGAAUACCAUCGAUAGAAACGGGAACAUGUUACCGAUUACCAUGGUCGAUGGACAUGCUAUAACUCAUGAUCCACUUGUGGUUAUUGUCAACGAGGGAAGUGCAAGUGCUAGCGAGAUUUUAGCUGGUGCAUUACACGAUAAUGGUCGAGCUAUUCUCGUGGGGCACAAGACAUUUGGUAAAGGAAAGAUUCAGAGCGUCACGGAGCUUCAUGACGGAUCAGCCCUCUUUGUAACCGUCGCAAAAUAUCUAUCGCCGGCACUUCAUGACAUAGACCAGGUCGGCAUAACGCCGGACAUACAAUGCACAACAGAGAUGCUCAAUUCGGCCAUGGAAGCUUCGGCGAAAAAUAACAAUAGUAACAAGAAAAACUCAGUUUCAUCCCUUGAAGCAGAUUCAUGCAUUAUGGUAGCAGAACAUGAAUUGGAUAUGAAGGAGUCAAAAGGAACUGCUUCUUGAACAUUUACACUUUCUUAAACUACCAUUUUUCUUUCUUCAACUUUAUAGUUGAAAAGGGUUUUUGGUAGAAUGUACAUUUGUGAUAUCUAUUGAUAAACAUUAUAGAAUUUAGAGAUUGUAUAUAUCAUAAUAUCAAAAUCAAUGGAAUAAUAGGUAAAUUCAAUUCCAAGUUCAAGCA